AACCACAGAACUCCUCCCUCUCCUCUCCUCCAAGCUGGUUCAUGCACCUCUCUCCCUCCCUCAUAUAUAACACCACCCUAAACCCCUUCCCUCUUACUCAAAAGCCUCUUCGAUCCCAAAACUCUAUCACUCAAUAACAAUGGAUGCAAAUAUUGCCAUGAACAUGUGUUCGUCUUCCACUUCUACAUCCGACUCUUCUUCCUCCGAGUCCUCCCAACCCAGGAACCCCAACAAGGCUGAGAGGAUCAAGGGCCCGUGGAGCGCCGAGGAGGACCGGGUUCUCACCCGCCUCGUCGACCGCUACGGUCCCAGAAACUGGUCUUUGAUUAGCCGUUACAUUAAGGGCCGGUCGGGCAAGUCCUGCAGGCUUAGGUGGUGCAACCAGCUCAGCCCCACCGUCCAGCACCGUCCCUUUUCCCAAGCCGAAGACGAAGCCAUCCUCGCCGCACACGCCCGCUACGGCAACCGGUGGGCCACCAUUGCACGGUUGCUCCCUGGGCGGACCGACAAUGCCGUCAAGAACCACUGGAACUCGACCCUAAAGAGAAGGGUGAGAGAACCACAAGAACAUCACGGUGAGGGUAAUAUCGGCAAUGCAGCUAUUGAGGUGAUGAUGUUGGGUAAUGGUAGUAGCAGUGCUUCAGCUGCCUCGGGGCGUAAUGGGUCCAUGGAUUUGGAUGACCCGUUGACGGAGUUGACUCUGGCGACGCCGGGGAUAGGUAGCUCUGUGGUGUCUGCGUCGGAACAACAACACCAUCAUCGGAGCAGCAGCGAGAGCUUUCCUCCGGCGGGGUUUUGGGAUGUGAUGAGGGGUGUGAUAGCAAGGGAAGUUAGGGAUUACGUGAGCUCGUCCUAUACUGAAACUUCUGGGCUUCAUUGAUCAUCAUCGAUCUUCUUCUUUAUAUAUUUGCUCAUUGUCUCUCUUCCUGGGUUGAAUUUUUCUUUAUUUGUUAAUAU